AUGCCUGCUACAAACGGAACAAAUGGAGCUACCAACGGUACCAAUGGUACUAAGGAGAAGGUUGAUUACACCAAAGUUCCUGGUCCUCUCGGUCUUGAGAGCGCCAGCUUGAAGGGAAAAGUAGCCUUGGUCACUGGUUCAGGUCGUGGAAUUGGUGCCGAAAUGGCCUGUGAGCUCGGUCGUCGUGGCGCAAAAGUAAUCGUCAACUACGCCAACUCUGAUGCCGCUGCCCAAGAAGUCGUAUCCACCAUCAAGAAAGCCGGUUCCGAAGCCGUCGCUCUUCAAGGAAACGUCUCCGUCGUCUCAGACAUUAUCAACCUUUUCGAUCAAGCUAAGAAACAAUGGGGUAAACUCGAUAUUGUUUGCUCGAAUUCUGGUGUCGUUACCUUUGGUCAUAUUAAAGAUGUGACUGAGGAGGAAUAUGAUCGCGUCAUGAAUAUUAAUACCAGAGGACAAUUCUUCGUCGCCAGGGAAGCGUAUAAGAAUUUGGAAGUUGGAGGCCGUUUGAUCAUGAUGGGUUCAAUUACUGGUCAAGCUAAGGGUGUCCCGGCUCACACUGUAUACUCUGGUUCUAAGGGUGCUAUUGAGACCUUCGUUCGCUGCAUGGCUAUUGAUUUCGGCGACAAGAAGAUCACCGUAAACUGUAUUGCCCCAGGUGGAAUCAGAACAGACAUGUACCACAAAGUCUGCCGCGAAUAUAUCCCCAACGGCGCCAAUCUCAACGAUGACGAAGUAGACGAAUACGCCGCUACCUGGUCGCCACUCCACAGAGUCGGUCUUCCAAUCGAUAUUGCUAGAGUGGUUUGUUUCUUGGCAAGUCAAGAUGGUGAAUGGGUUAAUGGAAAGGUUAUUGGAAUUGAUGGCGCGGCUAUGAUGUAA